GUGGGAAGGAAGGAGUAUUCAAACAAAACAAAUUAGAGUACUAUCAUAUUCAAACAAAAGAAAUUAAAAGCAUCUUCAGUCAGGUGAGAAUUUGGUGGAACAAAGCUAUAGUUUAGAAAAUGUUCAUGAGAAGCCCAUUAGUAAUAACCAUAACAAUAUUCUUCGCCCUCUCUUGCUUUGAUUGCUUCCCUUCGGAUGAAAAACGAAUUGUCAUCAAUGUAGAUCAUUUCGGAGCUCGAGGCGACGGGCGUACCGAUGAUUCCAAAGCAUUCAGCCGUGCUUGGGAGAAGUUUUGUGAAACAGAAAAAGGAGAGUUGUUGAUUCCUCCUACAAAGACAUAUUUACUGAAGCCAGUGUCUUUAGAUGGACCCUGCAAGCCAAAUCUUAAGAUGAAGAUAUCUGGAACAAUUAAAGCUUCUCCGAAUAAAAGAGAUUAUGAUGCUACGGGGAGGCUAAACUGGAUGCUUUUAAGGUACCUGGACUACUUCAAUGUUGAUGGGGAUGGCAAUAAAGGUACCAUAGAUGGCAGUGGGGAAAACUGGUGGAAGGAUUCUUGCAAUUUCAAGGAGACACCGACCUGUGACAAAGGUUUAGUACCAUUUUCAGUCAUGUUUGAGAAUUGCACUAAUUUGAAGGUGGAAAACUUAUUGUUUAAAAAUGCCCAAAAGAUGCAUCUGACUUUUAAUGUAACUCGAAAUGUUGAAGCUUCACACAUCAACAUACAAGCUCCUCAAAAGAGCCCCAACACCGAUGGAAUACAUGUAUCUAGGAGCUACAAUGUUACUAUCACCAAUUCUAACAUUGCCACAGGUGACGAUUGUAUUUCAAUAGUAAACAAAACAACAAGGGUUAGAGUUCUUGACACACAAUGUGGGCCCGGGCAUGGAAUUAGUAUUGGGAGCUUGGGACGACUAGGUAACACAGUGGUUGAACAUGUGUCGGACGUUGUAGUCAAAAGAGUCAAAUUCAUAGGAACAACAAACGGAGUGAGAAUAAAGACGUGGCAGGUGCUAGUUGUCCCAGGCUCAGAUGUAGCUGAGUGUGAUGCCAACCUCGACGAGGGUGGACCUCAGCCUCAGAUGCAUUUUUGGACUUAUCUCGAUGAUCUGGACACCGACUUCGGAACCGGGCUUGACUGGCUCAGCCUUUGCCUAACUGGGAUAUGACUUAGCGGUUUAUGGGGAUCCUUUACAUGUGAAUAUACUUCAUCAAAUAAUGAUUAUUAUUAUUAUUGUUGUUGUUGUUGUUAUUAUGAUAAAUGAGGAGCAUACAAAUUGUUGAAGAUUAAGUCGAGUCCAACAACUGUUUGUUGUCUCCUUGGGACAAAUUUGCCCACUAACAAUUGUCUCACUCACCAGAUAGAAUGAUUUUCAUUGCCGAAGGAUCCCAACGAACCAAACGAUGCACAAAGUAAGAGAACAUGAGGAUCCCAUAUUUGAAUAAUUUGAUCUCAUACUCAGUCGGUUGUGUUGACAUACCCGAUUGGGUAUGAUUACAUUUGAGCACUUUCAUAGCUAUUGUCAAGGAUACUCGAUCGGGUGUCCUAGAUACCAGGUUGGGUAUCGAAACUAGCCACCUUAUUUCCCAUAUAAUAA